AUGAACCUCGAAGCCGGCGAGUACGUCGUCAUCCCCUCGACCUUUGACCAAGCCAUCGAAGCUGCCUUCCACCUCACCCUCUUUACCGACGACCGUCAAGCCACCUUUGCUCCACUCACCGAUGCCUGGAAACACCAAGAACUCAUCAAGGGCACUUGGGUCGGCAAGAGUGCCGGUGGCUCCCCCAACUCGGGCGAGUCAUUCUUUAAGAACCCACAGUUCCGUCUCACCCUCCCCAAGGACCGUGCUGCCGACACAACCGUCCUCGUCCAACUCAUCCAAGACUCGACACUUGCCGACGAAGGUAUCGGAUUCAUCGUCAUCAACCGUGACCAACACGACAAGGCACUCACUGCAGGCGACUUCCAAAACGAACAAUUGUUCACCAAGACUGCCAACUGGGAACGUCGUAACGACAUUGCUCACCGUGUCGUCGUCAAGCAAGACGAUCCAUCUGUUUUCACAAUCAUCCCAUCCACCUAUGAAAAGGGUGUCAACCGUUCUUUCCGUGUUCAAGUUUUCUCUGACCUCCCAGUUGAAUUGGAUUCAAUAGAUGAAGCUGAUGAUUCUUCAGAUGAAGAAGAAGAUAAUAAUUCUGACAAGGAAGAAAAGGAUGAUAACAAAAAACAAGAUGAAAAUUAA